CUGUUCAGCUACUGUUAUCAAACUGAGCCCUGCUGUCAGGUCACGUGUCAACAGAUGAGGGGACUGCUGACAGCAUCAUUUUCGAUGGAAGCACACUGAAAGUAGUAGACUCUGGAGUUCUGCAUUAAGAUAUUAAAAAUGCUUUGAAGCUUGGGCUAGGAGUCAGUCUGCGUAUACAAAGGUCCUCUCUGUGGAACUUAAAAAAAAAAUUAACCAUCAUGCAGUUGGAGGCUCAGCUGCGUCUAUGUCAGAGUUGUCUUUGGUGCUGCAAGAGCGGGCUGCGCCUGCUCUCCCAAAGCUAUGCACACAGAAAAGCUGUGACCCACUACGAUCUCCUGGGAGUUAAAUCCGAUGCCAGCUUGGAGGAAAUUAAAAAUGCAUUUUUUAACAAAUCUAAGAAGCUUCACCCGGACAGCGACCCAUCCAACCCAUUGCUGCACAGCCAGUUCGUGGAGCUGAACGAGGCGUACCGGGUGCUGAGCAAGGAGCUGAGCAGGAAGGAGUACGACUUCAAAAUCAGACACCCGUACACCGGGAGCCAGGCCUUCAGCUCUACCUAUAGUGACACCAGCUACAGAGCCAGUACGGAUACCCAGGACAACACACGUUACUGGGAGCAGUUUAGUCAGUCUCAGACACAGGAGAUGACGGCAGAGGAGUGGCAGAAGAGGAAGAGGAGGAACUUCCGCCUGGUGGGCUAUUGCCUCUUGACUAUGGCGCUGAGUAUCGGAGCCCACGUAGUCUUCUUCAGGAAACUGGAGGAAGUUCACAACAACUUCAUGGACGAGAAAGAUCGAGUCAUCACAGAAAUUUACAAUGAAUCCAAAGAGAAAGCCAAAGCCAACGGUUUUAAGAAACAGACAGAAAUCCUGCGGCAGAAGCAUGCUGAGUUUCUGGAGAAGUACAAAAUGCGCAAUGAUGGAGAGGACAAGUAGGAGAGCCUCCAGCUGUGCUCAGUGAUGAUGGAGUUUGAGCUCCCAGCGGGUGGAAGAACGUGGUGCAAGUUUUAGGAUUUUAUAGUUUUUUCUCCGGUGCUUGUCCUCACUUGAAGACACACAGAACUUGGGUGUGAUGUGGGAACGUUUCAUCUGGUCAUACAAGUGUUUCCUCAUGAACAAACUGAACUGUUUAUCAGACUGGACGGGGCUAAUGAGGCGCCUGUAGUUGGUAGAGUAUUUGAAGUGAUGGAUCAUCAAAAGGAUCCGGCUACAGUAUGCACAAUAACCUCUCAGAGCCAUAAUGAACACUGUUAAACUGCCUCCAUGAUCCCACGGGAACAUGUUAUUUAUUGUCCGCAGCCUCAUUUCUGUGAGCAUACAGGGCUCACAGAUCACAGUGAGGUGAGUUUAUCAAGUCAAGAAGAAACGGACUGUAAAGCCAAUAUAUUUCAAGCUGAAAGAACCUUGUAUUAAAUUCAUACCUCUUGUUGCACGCUCUGUAAUGUUCUCUCAGGUGAGUCUCAGAGGGUUGAUUGAGAAGGGUGCAAAGUCAAAAGUUUCAGAGAUAAUGGUUGCCAGGUGUCAAUAGAUACGGAUCUUAACUCCUCAUUGACAAUGUUAACAUGCACAAAAUAUUCUGGUUUUUGCAAUUUUUCCAAAAAAGGCAAUAUUCCCACCAAGCUUAAUACAUGGCCAAUGAAAGUAAAUAUUCCACUAAUAUUCCCGUUUAUACACAAGCAUGAAUACUCUGAUUUAUUUACAAAACCUCACUGUUUAAUUUGUUCAACAACCUUUUUGAAAAAGGCCAGCAUUGCAAAAUGUGUGCAUAUACACAGAGCUGUUUGUGUCCUAGUCUUUCACAAUGUUUAAACUGGCAACAGACAAGUUUUACCACUUUAACGUAUCAUUAAAAAGUAAAUGUUGAUUACACGAUAUAAUCGCUAUCACUAUACAAUUUUCUCUGCCACUGGGCACUCGGUCACCCAGGAAGAGGAAGUUUGAGCGCCGAUCCAUUCCUAUCAUCGACUAACUGAUUGAAUGAACUCACUUAAUGUCCUGUGUUGUUAUUUGUGAAACAGAUCCAGCUGUCUUUGCAACAGUCCCGCCAACAAUAAUACCACUAGGGGGAGAAAGUUUCCACUUGAAAGGAAACUGUUAAUCUUUGCGACUAGAAAUGCAGACUUUCUUUUAGUGGAUGUGUCUCAUCCCAAGCCUCAAAAAAUGCAGUCAUAAAUAACUCAGUUGAGGUCCAUAUUCUGAGUCCAAAGUAUACACGUUUAAAGAAUUCUCCUAAAACCCGAAUAAUAUCAGCGUAUCCUGCAUGUCUUCAUCAAAAAAUUCUACAUUUGGAAAACUAUAGUGCAUGUUCACAUGGUCAUUGUUCCCCUUGUUGAGACUGUAUGUUACUUACUGUGUAACUGCAGCAUUUCCAGCCAAACGCAUUAUAAAAGGCCAAUUUUUGAGAAAUGGAAAUCAAUCAGUGUCUAUGACUUAAAACUGCUGAGUGAGUAAUUUAUUUACUGUCAAACCGAAACUAUGAAGAUGUGGAAAUUGGAUGCAACAAGGGUUUAUAAUUACAGAUGAAUGUUCCUAUAGAGCCAACUUCUACCGUUUUGCCUCUGACCAGUUUUUAGCUAUUAGAGACUUUGUUCUUUCUGUUUUUAACUGCCUUACUUCUUCACCUGAAGGGUUGUCAAAAAGAAAUGAUUAAAAGAUCAACUUUUUCUCAUCAAUCAUUA